UCAGCCAUCACUUGGCUCUUACUGUGCGUGUGUGCGUGUGUGUGUUGCUGCAGGACGUGCACGUGGUUUGAAUGAUUUACCGGAGUGGUGUGUGUGUGUUAUGAGAUAUCGAGACUCUCUCUCGUCCUAUGUCAGUGCGCGCGUGCACGCGUAAGUGAGUAGACAGGAAUCCUGCGCCAGGGGAAGUGCGCCGGUUCUCCGUCUGCGCGUCCCGACUUCCUGCUCUGAGCAGGGACAGAGAAGCUGUGGAUCCGCUUUCAGACAGCAGCAGCAGCAGCAGCAGCAGCAGGAUGGAGCUCCAGCACCACACACGUCACCGGCUCUGUUAGGACAACAACAAGCAGACGGACAUACAACCAGGCGCCGGACACUGCUGGAUCCCCCGUGUCUGUGUCUGUCUGUGUCUGUGUCUGUGUCUGUGCUGCGUCCUCACCAUGGAGAGCUCCAUCACACUCUGGCAGUUCCUGCUGCAGCUCCUGCUGGACCACAGCCACAAACACCUGAUCUGCUGGACGUCCAACGACGGCGAGUUCAAGCUGCUCAAGUCGGAGGAAGUGGCCAAGCUGUGGGGUCUGCGCAAGAACAAGACCAACAUGAACUACGACAAGCUGAGCAGAGCGCUACGCUACUACUACGACAAGAAUAUCAUCAAGAAGGUGAUUGGCCAGAAGUUCGUCUACAAGUUUGUGUCGUUCCCUGACAUCCUGAAGAUGGACCCCGCCCUGGUGGAGUCCGGGCGCAGCAGCGAGGAAAGUGCAGCGAUGAUGUCAGAGCCGGAUGCCGAAGACGACGACGCCGGUGUGAGGAGCGGUUACCUCCACUCCGGCCUUUACUCCUCCUUCACCGUCAGCUCCCUGCAGAGACCCUCGGAGCCACAGACGCCCACGAGGGUGGAGCCCAGGUCGGACCACCUCCACGACACCUCCACCGUGAUCCGCUUCAUCACGAACCGAGGCCACACCUCGCUCCCCUCCAGCCCACCUCCCACCUCAGCUGACUCCUCCCACUCCCCCAGGCUCACCAUCAGGCAGCCCCUCUCCCCGCCCACGCUGCACCGCAGCCCCACCCACACAGAAGAGAGGAGGAGGCGGAGUCAGAGCACAGAGACUGAGGAGUCGGAGCAGAACGUUCAACCCUUGAACCUGUCGUCGGGUCAGAGGGAGAGGUCGCAGUCGACCCACGGCGCCACCGUCUCACCCGAGGGGAGGGGCUUGGCUGACGGUGUUCCUGUAAAAAGCAGGAAACCCAGAGAUCUGGACAUCACCGCCCCCUCCCUCCUCCUGACAGGAAGUGACCUCGUCUCCAUCGCCCUCAACAGCCCGGCGCUUCCUUCAGGGUCUCUGACCCCGGCCUUCUUCACUGCACAGACUCCGUCUGGUCUGCUGCUCACUCCCAGCCCGCUCCUCUCCAACGUCCACUUCUGGUCCAGUCUGAGUCCGGUGGGAUCGCUGAGUCCGGCCCAGCUUCAGAGCCACGCCCCACUCUUUCAGUUUCCCUCCCUGUUAAGUGGACCUCUCCCAGUUCCUCUGCCCAGCGUGGACGCUCCCAGUCCUCUGCUGUUGUCCCCAACUGCCCACCAGUCCUGAUGCCCACCUGGGCCACAUAAGAGACCCUUCUACAUAGGGAGCCCAAUCAGGUGGAACAUUAUUGAUACGAGGAAACGAAGGCGUUCGUCCUGGAGUCUCGCUCUCAGAGGAGAGCGUCUGGUUUUAGUCUGUACUACAGUAAAACUGCUCCUGGUAUUUGGUGUUUGUUGUGUACCCACCACAGGAGUACUGCAGGUCCAACCCGUGGUCUCAUUAACUAGUCUUAUUCCCGCCCUGAGGUCAGCAUUGGCAACGGGUGACGAAACGAGAUCUCUGUCACCACGACAACGGCGUCAACAAAGUUUCUGUUUCGGUUUCAUCAACGUUUGGUUUCAACUGACCUGACGGACGUCGACGGCCGUGGACGAACCGACACCGAGACGACGGAGAGUUCAGAAAUCACUCCAGGUGUAGUAGGACCUGCAAGAGACUGAGAGGAAAAGUCACAGAGCCCCCUGGUGCCCAGGAGGGGACACUGGGGUCGUCACAUGAGCUUCAGAGGUCAAUUGAAAAACACAAGGACUCACAACUCACUUUAGUUUUGAAAUUUAAAUCUCCUGCAAAAAAAAAAGGGUUUUAUUAUUUAGACACUGACUUCAGGCUCUGCUGCUGGUCCUGGAAGGAUUACUCUGGGGUGAUAUUUUAGAAGGAAAAUCUUUUCAUUCUUUUUUUAAAAAGCUGCACAUUAAAAAAUCCAAAGACACCAGUGGUAGUUUCUAAAACCAUCAAAUGAACUGGUAUCAGACCAAAGGUUUUUUCUUCACAUGCUCCGUAGACGCUGUAAAAAAAAAAAACAGAAACUCCCAGAUUUAAAUGCUCAGAGUUUGAGAUGUUUUAGUUUUGGAGACAUUCCUCUGUAAAUGUCGACCGUCACACGACUCCUGGCGCAGCAUCUCCUCGCCAGCGCGCUAGAAUCUCUCCACCAAUCCCCUCCCUUCGUUUCUCCGACAGUUUGUCAGUCCUAGGACGAACGCUGCGGACAUGUUCUCGUACUGCCUCGUACCAGCGGUGCCUUCAGUGUCGUCCAUCGUAUUAAGCUUUAAACAGACAUUCCAGGUCAAGAGUUGCACAAAAAGUGUCUUUGUAAAAUGAUUCCUGGUUAUUAUUUUUAUAACGAGAUGAAUGAGCGUGUAUCGCUUUUGAUGUUUUAUAUAAAAUGUUUGUGGGUUUUUUUUUAAUAAAAUACUUUGAAGAAUC